UAAAAGGCAAGGCAGGAGAACAGGGUGGCGGGACCAUCUCACAACAGCCAAUCACAGACACAGCGCCCGAGAAGGAAACGGAUCUGUCCCUGAGAGCCAAUCACGGGCAGGUUGGGCGGGGUCUCCGCCGACAGCCCCGGAGCGAGCAGUUCACACAGAGCUCCAGAGCCGCCUCCUCAGGAAGCAGGAACCGAAAGCAUUACUCCCGCCUCGGCCUCCUUCUGCUCCCCGCUCCCUGUAGCCUCGUCCUCUGCUGCUGGCCAUGCCGGCGAGGGGAAGGUAAUGAGCCGCAGAGCCCCGGGGACUCGGCUGAGCAGCAGCAAGCAGUACCAGCGGAGCUGGAAUGACUGGCAACCCAGGUCUGAUAGUGCUUCAGCUGACCACGACAAUUUAAAAUACUCUACUUCCAGAGAUCGGGGCACUUCUGCCUCCUAUGGAUCACACACUUCAAAUUCAGCUGGGAGACAAAAGCAGGAUGAUGUCAGGAUUAAUACUGAGGCGCACAAUGAAGAGGAAGAUAGCUACAGCAUCAAUGGAGGAUCUGGAGAAAAUGCUUUUGGUCGGAAGUCGUUGGGGCAAGAGCUGAGGGUUAACAAUGUGAGCCCUGAUUUCACUAUUCAGCAUGGAAACCGUGCAUUAGCCACAAAAGACAUGAGGAAAUCCCAGGAGCGAUCGCUGUCCUAUUCUGAUGAGUCUCGACUGUCGAAUCUUCUACGGAGGAUCACCCGGGAAGACGACAGGGACAGAAGACUGGCUACUGUUAAGCAGCUGAAAGAAUUCAUUCAGCAGCCAGAAAACAAAAUGGUGCUGGUUAAGCAGCUUGACAACAUCCUGACUGCUAUAAAUGAUGUGUUAAAUGAAAGCAGUAAGCUUCUCCAGGAACUGCGGCAGGAGGGGGCACAGUGCUUGGGCUUGCUAUGUGCUGCUCUGAGCUAUGAGGCAGAGAAGAUCUUCAAGUGGAUUUUUAGCAAACUUAGCUCAUCUUCUAAAGAUGAAGUCAAACUUCUUUUCUUGUGUGCUACUUACAAAGCUCUAGAAACCGUUGGAGAAAAGAAAGCAUUUUCCUCCGUGAUGCAGUUGGUAAUGACCAGCUUACAGUCAAUCUUGGAGAAUCUAGAUACACCAGAAUUGCUGUGUAAAUGUGUGAAAUGCAUCCUGCUUGUGUCCCGUUGCUACCCACAUAUCUUCAGCACAAACUUCAGGGACACUGUUGAUAUUUUGGUUGGAUGGCACAUUGAUCUUACCCAGAAACCUUCCCUCACACUACAAGUGUCAGGCUGGCUACAAAGUCUGGAGCCAUUUUGGGUUGCUGACCUAGCAUUUUCCACUACUUUGUUGGGGCAGUUUUUGGAAGACAUGGAAGCCUAUGCUGAUGAUCUUGGUAACAUUGCCUCUGGUGAAUCCGUUGAUGAAGACAUUCCUCCUCCAUCAGUUUCAUUGCCUAAGCUCGCUGCUCUUCUGAGAGUGUUCAGUACGGUGGUUCGAAGUAUUGGGGAAAGAUUCAGUCCCAUCAGAGGUCCCCCGAUUACAGAGGCUUAUGUCACAGAUAUCUUGUAUCGAGUGAUGAGGUGUGUUACUGCAGCCAACCAGGUGUUCUCUUCAGAGACUGUAUUAACAGCUGCCAAUGAAUGUGUUGGUGUAUUACUUGGUAGUAUGGAUCCCAACAUGGCAAUACACUGUGAAAUGGUAAUCGCAUACGGGUUAGACCAGCUGGAAAACUGCCAGACAUCUGGUACUGAUUACAUUAUCUCUGUCCUCAAUUUACUAACCCUGAUUGUUGAACAAAUUAAUACAAAAUUACCUUCAACUUUUGUGGAGAAACUGUUUAUGCCCAACUCAAAGCUGCUUGCAUUACGAUUCCAUAAGGAAAAAGAAGUUAUUGGGGCAGCCAAUGCCCUGUACCAGGCAGUAUUGACCCUGAAGAACAUUCCGGUUUUGGAGACUGCAUAUAAGCUGAUUUUGGGAGAAAUAACAUGUGCUUUAAACAGUCUAUUGAGCUGCCUGCAACUAGCUGAAGCUUGUGCCGAAAUUCAGCAUGAAGCCUUUAAGAACCAUACUUUUGGUGUGGACAGUGCGAAGUUUGUUGCUGUAUUUGACCUGAAUGUUCUAACCACAAUUGGAAACGCAAAAAAUUCACUGAUUGGGAUGUGGGCUCUGUCACCCACUGUGUUUGCUUUGCUGAGUAAGAAUCUAAUGAUCGUACAUGAAGACAUUGCUGUUCACUAUCCAGAAGUGCAAUACUCUGUACUCUGCACGUUGUAUUCACAUUGUACCAGGCAUGAUCACUUUAUUUCCAGUAGUCUCAGUUCAUCUUCUCCCUCACUGUUUGAUGGAGCAGUGAUCAGCACAGUAACCACUGCCACCAAGAAGCAUUUCUCUGUAAUCCUGAAUCUGAUUGGAUUGUUACUGAAGAAAGACAAUAUUUACCAAGAUUCUCGAAAAUUGUUGAUGAGCUGGGCAGCAGAAGUGGCAGUCCUCAUGAAGAAAUCAGACACCUAUGCACCAUUAUUUUCACUGCCAUCAUUUCAUAAUUUCUGCAAAGGACUACUGGCAAAUACCCUUUUUGAAGAUGCUACCAUCAGCUUACAGGCUUGUAACAGCCUCCAUGUCCUGUCUUCAUCACUACCAGAAGAUUUACUGCAGAGGUGUGUUGAUGUGUGUCGUGUGCAACUUGUGUCAAGUGGAACAAGGGUCCGACAAGCAUUCGGAAAACUUUUGAAGUCUAUUUCUUUAGACAUUGUAUUAAGUAAUUCAAGUCACACUGAAAUGCAAGAAAUCUCCUCUGCAGUGAGGAACCACAUGAGCAAGUCUCCCAGCAACACUUUUCAUCCACAAGACUUUUCUGAUGUCAUCAGUUUUAUACUAUAUGGAACUUUUCAUAGAUCGGGCAAGGAUAACUGGCUGGAGAGGUUGUUCUACAGCUGCCAAAGACUGGAUAAGAGAGACUCUUCAUUCAUUCCACGAAAUUUGCUGAAGACUGAGGCCGUCCAGUGGCAGUGGGUUGUAUGGGAAGCUGCUAAAUUCACUGUCCUGUCAAAGCUACGGACACCUCUAGGAAGAGCUCAAGAUACGUUCCAGACCAUUGAAGGUAUUAUCCGAAGCCUGGCUGCUCACACUUUGAAUCCAGACCAGGAUGUCAGUCAGUGGACCACUGCAGACAAUGAUGAAGGACAUGCCAAUAAUCAGUUGCGUCUAGUACUACUUUUACAGUAUUUAGAGAAUCUUGACAAGUUGAUGUACAAUGCUUAUGAGGGAUGUGCAAAUGCGUUAACCUCCCCACCUAAGGUGAUUAGAACUUUCUUUUAUACGAACCGACAAACCUGCCAAGAUUGGCUUACCCGUAUCCGGAUUGCUAUAAUGAGAGUGGGAUUGUUGGCUGGCCAGCCAGCAGUAACAGUUAGGCAUGGCUUUGACUUGCUGUCUGAGAUGAAGAAUAACAGUGCCCCCCAGGGUACAGAAUUUGAGCUUACAGUUAUGAUGGUGGUGGAAGCCCUUUGUGAACUUCAGUGCCCUGAAGCUAUACAGGGACUUGCUGUGUGGUCUUCAGUUGUUGCUGGGAAAAGUCUUUCUUGGAUUAAUUCAGUAGCCCUGCAAGCAGAUGGAAGGUUUGAGAAAGCAGCAGUAGAAUAUCAGGAACACUUAUGCGCUAUGACUGGGGUGGACUGCAGCACCUCAGGAUUUGAUAAAACUGUUCUGAAAUUGGCAAAUUCAAACAGCACGUCUGCGAGUCCCAAACACGCUAAUGGAGAUGGACGCAAAACAGUCCUGACAAAACCUAGUGAUCCUUUACCUGAAGUGGUCAACUAUUUGGGUAAUAAGGCCUGCGAGUGCUACAUUUCAAUUGCUGACUGGACUGCAGUUCAGGAAUGGCAAAACAGCAUGCAUGACCUAAAGAAAGGAGCAUUAGGCAGUUGUAUUAACAUGAAGACAGACUUCAAUUAUAUUAAGUCUCUAAGUAGCUUUGAGUAUGGAGAGUUUCUUGAAUGUGCAGAACAGUUGGAGCUACUGCCUGGUGAAAACCUGAACCUUGUGAAUGGAGGCUUUAAGGAAAAAAUAGAUAUGAAGAAACUACUUCCCAACAUGCUAAGUCCUGAUCCCAGAGAACUUCAGAAGUGUAUUGAGGUUCAGCUUCUCAGAAGUUCUGUGUGUUUGAGUUUGGCUCUGAGCGAACCAGAACAAGAACAGAAAUGGCAAGCCAUCUCAGAAAAUCUUACCAAACACUUGAAGCAAACAGCCCGUAUAGCUAUGGGACCACUACGACUCUCCACACUCUCUGUAUCCCAGGCUCUUCCGCUUUUAGGAACACUACAGCUAUACUGUGCAUCAUCUCUGGAGAGCACUGUGUCAAGCAAACUGUCAACUGAGGACUGUCUGAUACCUCUUUUCAGUGAAGCUUUGAGGUCAUGCAAACAACCUGAUGUGAGGCCAUGGAUACAUGCUAUAAGAUACACCACCUUCCAGAAUCGAAUUGCUGACAAAUUCCGAGAUCAAACAAUGUCUGUCAAGAGUCAUCUGAUGGAAUUGGGUUUGACAGCUGCAAAAUGUUCAAGAAAACGUGGCAAUGUUACACUUGCCGCAAGGUUAAUUGCCCAGUGCAGCAAUAUCCAGCUUGCACAAGUGUCCAGUGCCCAGGAUCUUGUAGCUAAUUUUAAAAAGCUCUCGCUUCAUGGCCAGAUGGAUGAGAAGUGGGGACCCGAGCUCGACAUUGAAAAGGCUAAAUUAUUAUAUGCUGCAGGUCAGUCUAGUCAUGCCAUGGAAAUGCUGAGUUCAUGUGCCAUUUCCUUCUGUAAAUCUGCAAAAGCUGAAUACGCUGUAGCGAAGUCUAUCCUGACUCUGGCCAAAUGGAUCCAAGCAGAUUGGAAAGAAAUUUCAGGACAGAUGAAGCAAGUGUAUAGAGCACGUCAGCAAGCCAACAUUACGAAUCUCUCUGCCCUUGGUAAGAAUGUGCUCACACUCAUUGAUCUGCCUCCUGUCAAUGCCAUGGAUGAGGAGUAUCCACGUAUUGAAAGCGAAUCCACAGUUAACAUCGGUGUUGGUGAGCCGGAUUUCAUCCUAGGACAGCUAUAUCACUUGUCUUCUGUGCAAGCUCCUGAAGUGGCUAAAUCUUGGGCAGCCCUGGCUAGUUGGGCAUAUAGAUGGGGAAGAAAGGUGGUGGACAAUGCUAGUCAAGGUGAAGGUGUAAAAUUGUUACAGCUAGAGAUGUCAGAGGUCCAGAGCCUUUUGCCAGAUAAUGUAUCUGAAGAAGAUAAGGAAAAGAUUUACGGUAUUUUGGGACAAGCUAUGUGCCGCCCUGCUGGGAUCCAGGAUGAGGAUAUGUCCCUUCAGAUCACAGAAAAUGAGGGCAAUGAUGAAAAUGAUACAGUUGAUGUCAUCUGGAGACAGCUGUUAGCCAGUUGCCCUUGGCUAGCAGACCUAGAUGAGACUGCUUCUGAUGGGCUUAUCAAGCUGUGGCGUAAAGUUGUGGACCGAAUAUUUAGCUUAUAUAAAUUGUCCUGCAGCGCUUACUUCACCUUCUUAAAGCUAAAUGCUGGACGAGUUUCACUUGAUGAAGACGACCCACGGCUGCAUUUAACCAGCUCAUCUAAGCAGAGCACAGAUGACGUCAUUGUUAUGGCAACACUGCGAUUGCUCAGACUGUUGGUAAAACAUGCUGGAGAACUAAGACAGUAUUUGGAGCAAGGCCUGGAGACAACACCCACAGCUCCCUGGAGAGGUAUAAUCCCUCAACUAUUUUCAAGGCUGAAUCACCCUGAAGUAUAUGUUCGACAAAGCAUCUGUAACUUACUCUGCAGAGUAGCACAUGACUCCCCUCACCUGAUUCUCUACCCAGCAAUAGUGGGAAGCAUCUCACUGAGCAAUGAAGCUCAGUCUUCUGGAACCAAGCUGUCAUCAGCCAUUCCCACCUUACUGGGUAAUAUGCAGGAUGAAGAGCUAAUGGGUGUUGAAUGCGAUGAUGGAAGUCUUCCGGCUUCUCAAGAAAGUAACAGAGACGAAAUUAAGAAUGGGCUAAAUGAGGAUCAAACCAUGAUGCAGGAUUGCUACAGUAAAAUAGUGGAAAAAUUGUCUUCAGCCAGCCCCACCAUGGUCUUGCAGGUUCAGAUGUUGGUAGCAGAACUGCGGAGAGUCACAGUGCUUUGGGAUGAGCUCUGGCUUGGGGUUUUGAUUCAACAACACAUGUAUGUGCUGCGACGCAUUCAGCAGUUGGAGGAUGAGGUGAAGAGAGUCCAAAACAACAACACUCUUCGCAAAGAAGAAAAGAUUGCUAUUAUGCGUGAAAAGCACACAGCUCUGAUGAAGCCCAUAGUUUUUGCCCUAGAGCAUGUCUGUAGUAUCACAUCAGCACCUGCUGAAACACCCCAUGAGAAGUGGUUCCAGGACAACUAUGGAGAAGCCAUUGAAAAUGCUUUAGAAAAACUUAGAAAUCCAUCCAAUCCUGCUAAUCCUGGAAAUAGUUGGAUUCCAUUCAAACAGAUAAUGCUGAGCUUACAGCAAAGAGCACAGAAACGGGCAAGCUACUUGUUACGUCUCGAAGAAAUCAGCCCCUGUUUAGCCUCCAUGGCUAACACAGAAAUAGCCCUCCCUGGAGAAGUGUCGGAUAGGGACACUAUCACCAUUCAUAGUGUGGGCAGCACGAUCACCAUCCUACCUACUAAAACAAAGCCAAAGAAAUUUAUAUUCCUCGGCUCUGAUGGGAAAAAUUACCCGUAUCUCUUUAAAGGUUUGGAAGAUUUGCAUCUCGAUGAAAGGAUUAUGCAGUUUCUCUCUAUUGUGAACACCAUGUUUGCCACCAUCAAUGGCCAAGAGUCACUCCACUUCCGUGCCCGUCACUACUCUGUCACACCCCUUGGCACUCGGUCUGGUCUCAUUCAGUGGGUAGAUGGAGCCACUCCAUUGUUCGGUCUUUAUAAAAGAUGGCAGCAGAGGGAGGCUGCAUUACAGGCACAAAAGGCCCAAGAUUCCUACCAGACUCCUCAGAACGCAGCUAUGGUUCCCCGUCCCAGUGAGCUGUAUUACAGUAAAAUCGGUCCAGCUCUAAAAGCAGUCGGGCUGAGUCUAGAUGUAUCCCGUCGAGACUGGCCAAUAAGUGUAAUGAAAUCUGUACUAGAAGAGUUAAUGGAAUCCACCCCUCCAAACCUACUAGCAAAAGAGCUGUGGUGCUCAUGUGCUACUCCUGAUGAGUGGUGGAAAGUUACACAGUCCUAUGCCAGAUCAACUGCUGUCAUGUCAAUGGUUGGCUACAUAAUAGGUCUUGGUGACAGACACUUGGAUAAUGUACUGAUUGAUAUGACCAGCGGAGAGGUGGUGCACAUUGAUUACAAUGUUUGUUUUGAGAAAGGCAAAAGCCUCCGUGUUCCUGAAAAAGUCCCUUUCCGGAUGACCCAGAACAUUCAGAGUGCUUUGGGAGUAACUGGAGUAGAAGGAGUAUUCAGACUGUCAUGUGAACAGGUCCUUCACAUAAUGAGAAGAGGCAGAGAGACUUUGCUGACCUUGCUUGAGGCUUUUGUUUAUGACCCUCUUGUGGACUGGACGGCUGGUGGAGAAGCUGGAUUUGCUGGUGCAGUCUAUGGAGGAGGAGGUCAACAGGCAGAAAAUAAACAAAGCAAGCGAGAGAUGGAGCGAGAGAUUACACAGAGCCUAUUUUCUUCCAGAGUAGCAGAAAUUAAGGUUAACUGGUUUAAAAACAAAGAUGAGAUGUUGAGCGUCCUUCCUAAACUAGACAACAGUUUGGAUGAAUAUCUAAACUUGCAUGAAGAAUUAUCAGAAACGGAGAAGUUGCAGACUAGACUUGUGGAAGAGAUGACAUUCUUAGAAGGAGCUGAAGCACCAGAUCACCCUGCUCAUACUCUGCAGCAUAGGUAUACUGAACAUACCCAACUACAGACACAGCAGAGAGCGGUCCAGGAAUCUAUCCAAGUGAAGCUGAAUGAAUUUGAGCAGUGGAUAACACAAUACCAAGCUGCAUUCAACAAUUUAGAAGCAACAAAACUGGCAGGCUUGCUUCAAGAAAUAAGCAGCCAAAUGGAUUUAGGUCCUCCCAGCUAUGUUCCUGCUACAGCUUUCCUACAGAAUGCUGGCCAGGCACAUCUCAUCACACAGUGUGAACAGUAUGAAGCAGAGUUGGGCACACUUCUCCAACAGCGACGGUCUGUGCUUCGUGGCUGCCUUGAGCACCUCCACAACUAUGCCACUGUUGCGCUUUUGUACCCGAAAUCUGUGUUUCAGAGACACAGAAUGGAACAAUGGAAGACAUGGAUGGAAGAAUUGAUAUGCAGCAUGACAAUGGAGCAUUGUCAAGAAUUAUACAGGAAGUAUGAAAUUCAGUAUACACCUCAGCCCUCUCAAGCUCAAUUCAUCUCUGCCACGGAGUUGGCACUACAGCGUCAUUAUGCCGAUACCAAUAAUCGCCUUCUGAGGCAAAUGGAAAGGCUUAAACAGGAGGCUGUUUCUGUGCCAGUAUGUGAGGACCAACUUAAAGAAAUUGAGCGUUGCAUCAAAGUUUUCCUGCAUGAAAAUGGUGAAGAGGGCUCAUUGAGUCUUGCCAGUGUUGUCAUCUCAGCCCUUUGUACAUUGACAAGGCGCAAUCUAAUGAUGGAAGGUGCUGCGUCUAGUGCUGGGGAACAGCUGGUGGAUCUAACAUCACGGGAUGGAGCCUGGUUUUUAGAAGAGCUCUGCAGCAUGAGUGGCAAUGUCACAUGCCUUGUACAGUUACUCAAACAAUGCAAGCUUAUUCCACAAGAUCUGGAUAUACCAAACCCAUUGGAGGCAUCAGAAGCCGUGCACCUAGCUAAUGCAGUGUACACCUCUCUUCAUGAACUGAACUCAAACUUCUGUCAGAUAAUCUUCCCUGAGGCGCUGAGAUGUUUGAUGAAAGGCGAACAGACUUUAGAGUCGAUGCUGCAAGAACUGGACAACCUGAUUGAACAAACAACAGAUGGGACUCCAUUGCAGACUCUGGUUGAUUCACUGCAGACCUAUCUAAGAAAUGCGGGCAUGGGACUGGAAGAUGAGGCGAAUGCUCACUACAUUGACAUUGCAAGGUUACUUCGUUCUCAGUAUGGAGACCUAAUUCAGCCAAGAAAUGGAUCAGUUGAAGAAACUCCAAAAAUGUCAGCUGGUCAGAUGCUUUUAGUGGCUUUUGAUGGGAUGUUUGCUCAAGUUGAAACUGCAUUUGGAUUGUUACUCGAUAAGCUGAAACAAAUGGAAAUUCCCCCUGCUUGGAGAAAAGUGGACAUCAUCCGUGAAGCACGUAGUACUCAAGUGAACUUUUUUGAAGAUGAAGAGCUUCAACAUGUGUUAGAUGAAAUAUUUUUCCUAAAGAGGCUACAAACAAUCAGGGAGUUCUUCAGACUUUGUGGCGUUUUCUCUCAGUCCUUAUCUGGGAAGUGCCCAGUAGAUGAUCAGACUCCUGUAAAUGGACCAGUGCAGCUAGUCAAUGUUAAAACCAUGUAUAGAAAUUCUUCUCUGAGUGAAGAGCAGAUGGCAAAACCCAUCAAGUCAUUUACUGCUGACUUUGUGAGGCAGCUCUUGAUCGGCCUCCCUACACAGGCUUUGGGACUGACCCUGUGCAGCUACAUCAGUGCACUAGGGGUUGAUAUUAUUGCCCAAGUAGAAGCCAAGGACUUUGGGGCUGAAAGCAAAGUCUCUGUUGAUGAUCUCUGUAAAAAGGCAGUGGAGCACAACAUCCAGAUUUCAAGAUUCUCCCAACUUGUAAUGAACAGAGCGACAGUCUUAGCCAGUUCCUUUGACACUGCUUGGAAGAAACAAGACUUAGUGCGCCGCCUAGAAACUAACAUUGCUUCCUGUAAAACCAGCAUGCAGCGUUUACAGCUACACAUUGCAAUGUUUCAGUGGCAGCAUGAAGAUCUACUUAUAAGUCGGCCACAGACUCCAUCUGUUACACCUCCUCCACGUUCAGCUAUCUUAACCAGCAUGAAGAAAAAGCUACAUACACUGGGACAAAUUGACUCUUCUAUUGCUGCAGCACAGGAGAAACUAGCAGCUUUAGAGGCCAGCAUUGAACAACGUUUAAAAUGGGCAGGAGGUGCAAAUCCUGCUUUGGCACCAGUCCUUCAGGAUUUUGAGGCAACUAUAACUGAUCGAAGAAAUUUCGUGCUAAAGGAAAACCAAAGAACAAGCCAGGUAACAUUCCUGUGCAGCACCAUCAUACACUUUGAAAGCUUACGUACCCGGACUGCUGAGACCCUAAGCUUGGACACUGGCUUGUUUGAGCUCCUUAAACGCUGUCAGCAGAUGUGCUCAUUCGCUUCUCAGUUCAACAGUUCAGUUUCUGAACUUGAGCUACGACUUUUAAAACGUGUGGGUGCCUCCAGUGAGAAUACUAUUGGAAGCCCAGAGUGGUUGGUUUCUGCCCACAAACAGCUGAGCCAUGACAUGGCAAGUCAAAGAAAUCUGCAGAGUGAGAAGGAGCAGCAGGUUGAAACUGUGUGUGAAACUAUACAGAACCUGGUGGAUUGUAUAAAGACUGUUCUCACGGGUCACAACAGGCAGUUAGGAGAUGUUAAGCACCUAUUGAAAGCCAUGGCAAAGGAUGAAGAAGCAGCCUUGGCUGAUGGUGAAGAUGUGCCCUAUGAGAACAGUGUAAGACAGUUCUUGAGUGAGUACAAGUCUUGGCAGGAUAACAUCCAGACUGUCCUUUUUACAAUAGUGCAGGCUCUGGGCCAGGUACGCUCCCAGGAACAUAUAGAAAUGCUGCAGGAGAUCACUCCAACUUUGAAGGAGCUUAAGUCGCAAAGCCAGAGUAUUUAUGACAACUUGGUGGGGUUUGCAUCACCUUUGGUAACAGAUACCGCAAACGAAUGUGCCAGUCCAAUCUCCACAUCAACGUAUCUGCCUAGCUUUGCUGCAGCUGUGCGGAGCAACACUCUUCAAAAGACCCAGCCAGAGGGCAUGUCUCAGAAUGCAAAAAAGCCAAUUCAGAAAAACUUGGCCCCAUCAGCAGACACCCCACCCAGCACCGUUCCAGGGCCCAUCAAAUGUGUUGUUUCGAGUCCUAAAAAGGCAGUGCGAGAUCCAAAAACUGGCAAAGCGGUUCAAGAGCGUAAUUCUUAUGCAGUCAGCGUUUGGAAACGUGUAAAAGCAAAGCUGGAGGGAAGAGAUGUUGAUCCUAACAGGAGGAUGUCUGUUGCUGAGCAGGUGGACUUUGUGAUUAAGGAGGCGACGAACCUAGAUAACCUGGCUCAGCUGUAUGAAGGUUGGACAGCUUGGGUGUGAGAAAGAAGACUACAAACAAGCCUGGUUCAGCACAGUCCGAUAUCCUCCAGAAUCAAUCAAGUCUCAGGCAUCCACAGCCGCGCCAAGGCCGGUGGUGAUGUAUACUGGGGGCUUAAUCUAGGAAAUCCUGGUGCAGUGGGAAAAGGAAUCCCACAGGAACGCUGCACCCAGAGAAAUGUUAAACAUCAAUGGUCAGCAAUCCCCAGGGCACAAGAGUAUAACGCUCACUGUCUGGUUAACGUGAUUGUCUUUCUGCUAUGGAAGAUCUGACAAUAUGUCUGACAAAUGGCUGCAGAAAGAAAUUGGCAUCCUCCAGACACCAUGGUGAUCUAGAACUCUUCCAUGUGACCCUGUCAACAAUUGAGGAAAUGCUAAACCCUGUUCGUAAAGGGGGAAACUGGGGCCAUCAAGGAUUUGCCGUGAAGAAGAUGCUGUCAGUUUCUUGGGUUACUCUCGUUGCUUGGCAACAUUGCUGGUUGUGUUUACCAGUUUAGCACAGAAGAGGCUAGGAGAUGAAGCAUGGCCUUGAAUAAAACAUAGCUGAAAAGAAGCAGCCAAAGAACAGAAUUGUGAAGUUAGGUGGACUUCUAAGAAGAAGAAAAAGCCUUGUUCUCCAUUCUUUUCUUCCCCUAAAUUCUCGUAGUUUAGGACGACUUCUUUAUUUUCAACUCUUGUACUUCACACACAGUUGUCCGCUUUACUCUAUGUAUGUUUGCUAGUUGGGCAGGUGUCAGAAUAUACAAACCUGGGGCUUUCAAAAACCAUUCUUAUUCUAGAUGAUUCCCUCUGGGUAUGUUUAGUGUGACCCUCAUACAGCUUCCAGAAGGGAUCAGCACUGUGCAGUGUAGAACCGCCAAUGGUUCUCUCAGUCGUAAAACGGUGUGUUUC